AUGAAGUUUAUCGGUGCUGUUACCAUUGCAAUCCUUGCGGCUGUCGCAAAUGCGAGCCCUGCUCCGGCUCCGGCUCCGGCCCCGGCUGCGAAUGCCUGUGCCGUUGUUGGCCAAGGCUGUUCUUUUGUGAACUGUUGCAGUGGAUAUCACUGCAUGAACAAGAACCACAUCAUGCAGUGCGUGAAGAACUAG